GAAACAGCCAAGUUUGAGGCGGAUGCGGCUCUGUGGUGGGACGAGGAGCGAGGUCCGUUCGCUCCCCUCCACGCGAUGAACCCGACGCGCGUUGGAUUCAUCCGUGAGGCUCUCGCUCGACACUUCGACGGGGGGAUCGAGCCGGGGACUGGACCCCUGGCGGGUCUACGUAUCCUCGACGUCGGGUGCGGUGGCGGGAUCCUGUGCGAGUCCCUUGCCAGGCUCGGCGCCGACGUCACCGGAAUCGACGCGGCGAAGGGAAACAUCGCCAUCGCGACGGCUCACGCGGCGAAAGACCCCGGCAUGUCGCGGCGCGUCACGUACCACGCCACCACCGCCGAGGAGGUCGCGGCGGCCGGUGCCAAGUUUGAUGCUGUGGUCAGCUUGGAGGUUGUGGAGCACGUCAACGAUCCAGAGGGUUUCGUGCGGCAGCUGGAGGCGCUCACAAACCCAGGAGGAGCGGUGUUCAUGAGCACGGUGAAUCGCACGGCGCGUUCCUACGCGCUGGCGAUCGUGGCUGCGGAGAGGGUGCUGAGGUGGGUGCCGCCUGGCACGCACGAGUUCGAUAAGUUCAUGACGCCAGAGGAGCUCGCGGCUGUGGCGCACAGAGCGGGUCUGGAGGUUAGGGAGGCGGCGGGUAUGGUGUACACGCCCCCGCUGCCGGCGCCCGGGAGGAACGGCGCGGUCGCGGGGAGAUGGACGUUGUCUGGAGACGACCUGGCGGUCAAUUACAUCGUGUACUUGUCCAAGCCAAAAUAG